AUGGAGAUAUCUCUGAUUUCCGAUUCAGUAACAACAAUAGCUUCAAUUCAAAGCCUAGGGCCGGCUAAAUACCUUAUUCAUCGCCGUAAUUUAACAUCCAACAACGUUAUAUCUAUCUCCGAUUCCUUAUCGGAACAACAACUUUCUUCCACGAUUAUCUCUGCCGUGAUUUUCCCGGUCGACGCCGUGGCACCACCGCCAGUGAAACCCAGUCAUCUCAGAACUGCUCCUCGAACCCUUCUACGCAAGAGGAGACGCACCAAGCGAAGAUCUUUGACCGAUGGGGGAGAUGAGGAUGAUGGAGAUUAUGGGUUUUUUGGUGACGCCAGCGAUGGCGGCGGUUUUGGGAAUGGUCCUUUUGGUGGCGGCGGUGGUAGAGGAUGGAAUUUUGAUAGAUUUGGUGGGUCAAAUUGGGAAGAAUGGUCAUCGAAUUCGUUUUCCGAUCCGGCUUUCGAUUUUGUGUACGAGGUGUUGUGUUGGAUUGUGCUUUCAAAUUGUUUGCAUUUUGCGUUCAAGAAGGUGGUGAGGAUUGUGGCUGAUGGAAUUGGUGAUCCGGCGAGAGAGAAGGUUGCGAUGAGAAUCACACCAAUUUGCUAA